UGUUAUUAGAAAUGGCAUUAUUGCAAAAACUAAAAGAUCAAGGCUGGCACUUGACACAAGAAGGCCUAAAAAAAUUAACCACUGAAUUACAAACGGAAGAUGUGCAAAAAAUAAUUAAAGCUGCCUUGGAUUGGGACCUUAAGGAGAUUGGCGGCGGUGCCAUACCCAGUAAGCCGGAGAGCAAUGGCAACAUUCCGGGACGUAUUGUUUUGCAAAUGCAAAAAAUGCGAAACAUAUCGGCGCCAAAAGCUAAUGAAGAGUCGACAGCGGCACCUAGAUUUUUACAAUUGGAAUUGACGGAUGGCACCAACUCUAUUCUAGCGUUGGAGUUGGAACGCAUUCCAAAUCUUCAUCUAAAAGUACCACCAGGAACCAAACUCUAUUUCAAGGCUGAUAAGCUACAAUUAAUGCAAGGACUUUUAGUGUUGAAAGAAGCUGAGGUGCAAAUUCUGGGCGGCAAUGUCGAGCACAUGGUAGAGAAAUGGGAAUUGGCCCGGCAAAUGCAGAAAUAUGCCCGUAGUAAUCGACGACUGUCCGGGUCUGGUGGUCCACCACCAUGGAUUGACUUUGGAAAACGUUUGGAUGCCCAUCGUGACGCCCUACCGCAAGAUAAGAACUUUAAAAGCUUACAAGCCGCCACAGAAAAGGAUAAAAACUCCAAAGAAAAUGAUGAGUUCACUGCGUCGCGUACACAGGCCAUUGCAGAAGCAGCUAAGGCUGGCCAGAAGAAAGUUUUCGGCGGUGGCCAACAGAACAUUCUUGACCACAACGUCAAGAAGAUAUUGGAGAAGGGUUAUUCCGAAGAAGAUGCCAAAUAUGCCCUCAAGGCAACAAACAACAAUUUGGAAAGGGCUUUGUACAAUCUUAAAAGGCGAAAUAAGGGCACAGCUGAAAAUCCCACUAAAACAGCAACAGCCCCAGUUGGUAAUCAGCGCGGCCGGGGAUCGGCCAAAGAAGAAGUGGCUGCUGCAUCUAAGCCACAAACUAAUGUUUCCCUAUUCGACUUUUUAACAGACAAAUUACCCGCGACGGUUACCACUGAAACACCACCCGCUCAGACCGCCAAUAACAGUUCUCGAAACACUAAGGAGAUCACUAAAAGUAAAAGCAGUGAAAGCAACACGAAGCCGCAACCGAACACCUCCGCAAACAAGUUUGAAAAUAAUAUGUCUUCAAGUUUUGCUGCCAAUAGAGCCAAGCCCGAGGAAAAGACCAUCCCAUCUCAAAACCAACAAUCACAGAGAUCAAGUUAUAAUCAAAGAGAUGAACGCAAAUCCAACCCACCUAAUAAGCAAGGCAACCGUGGCAAUGAACGUGGUCGUAACAAUGCCCAAAAUAACGAAAGAAUUUCAAUUAACCAAUCGGCCAACAACAAUGAAGUUAAUGCUACUCCAACGACAAAUAAUGUCAACAACAAUGUCAGCAACGGUAACAACAACAAUACAACGUCGAAUACCAACUAUCGUACAAAUUUGAAUAGAAGAAAUGAUCGCAACGAAAGGCCACCACCGCCACGCAAGGAUCAAAGAGAUCAAACGACGAGGCCAUCGGCGGCCUCUGGAGGCGGCAAUUACCAGGGCAAUAGACGUAGUCAAGAGUAUAGAACCAAUGACAGCCGGCCUUAUCAGCAGCGUGACAACAAUAAUCGCAAUGCAAAUGAAAAUAAGAACGCCAGCAACUACCAGCAGAACCAACAAGCCAAGCCAGCCAGCAAUGUCGAUAUAGACAAACUUGUGGAGAGCACUUCAAAAAUGACUAUUCAAAACAAAAAGGAAACUACUUACAGUAGUUCGCAAAAUCGUGGAGGCAGACAUCAGAAUGCAUCCACGCGAUCCUCGAAUGCCCCACAAAACAAUUCACAACAAAAAUCGGCCAGCAAUCAAGUUCAGCAGAGUGGACAAUUUAUUGGUUCUCAAAAUUUCACCAACAAGACUACUCCAAAUUCUUCACCGCAAGUGGUUCCAGCAACGAAUCCCCAACAACAACCCCAGUCACAACAACAGCAGACCAACUAUGUGUCGCAAUUGCCCAAUGGAUUUGCAUAUGAUCCAAGCAAAAUAAUGGGCUUUCAAACCAAGGAAGCUAAUGAGUAUGCCAUGAAUCUAUUGAAGAGUCAAGGUUUGUUGCCCCAGCAAUCUCCAGUUGCUGGAACGCAAGGAACAGCACAGCCAACCCAAGUGCCACAACCCCCUCAACCACAACCACAGAUUAUAACCAACCCUCAAGCAGCACCUGCAGUGACUUAUAUAACUCCAAGUCCCAACAGUGGUUAUGUAGCGGCGCCACAACAGCAGUGCCCAAUGGAACCGUUCGGAAUGAUGCCUCAAGGCGGUGCCUGGCCUUGGAGAGUCGGUGAUUUAUGUAUGGCCAAGUAUUGGGAGGAUGGUAAUUAUUAUAAUGCCGAGAUAACGGGUGUAUCGGAAAAUACUUGCGUUGUUCUUUUCCUGGGUUAUGGCAACCACGAAGAAGUGGUUAAGACCGAUUGUUUACCAUUGCGGGAUGAAUCGCAUUAUCCUAUGAAUGCCUAUCAGGGAGGACCUCCGCCAACAGCAGUACAUGCUCCCAUGCAACAAUUACCUCCAACAUUUUUAGCAGCAAACAGUGCUGCUGGUAAUGGUGGUGUGGGAGGUGGCAGUAACCAACGUUAUCGCGGCGAACGUCAAAUGUACGUUCCACCCCCGAAAAGGGGCAACAACAACAAUUGACAUUUAAUGUCAAGCCAUAGCCAUGCCCACCCUACUUCGGUACCCGGAAACCCCACACACAAUCAAUAUCAUCCAAAUACUCAACAGCAGCAGCAUCAUCAGCCACAUCCACCGCCAUAUUUCUACAGUCUAAAAUGAGAUGCGUUUCUGAUU